AUGGGUGAUAGGCCAAGAUCAAAGAGACAGAUGGAAGACUUUGGAGUAGCACUAGAAGAUGGUAACUUUUUUUUUUAUCUCAAGUGGAAAGGGAACAAAUAUACAUGGAGCAAUAAGCAUGAAGAUGAGGCAUUUACAAAAGAAAUGCUAGAUAAGGUAGUGGCUAAUUCAAAAUGGGCUCAAAAGUUCAAUGAUCACUGUGUAGAGGUGCUAACAGGUAGAAGUUCAGAUCACAGGCCUCUUCUUUUGACAAUGAAGAUGAGAGGAUCAAAAGAUAUUGCAGCUUGUGUACAGCAGGUGGAAACUCGAGUAACAAGUGAGAUGAAUGGAAGGUUGGUUAGGCCUUUAUGCAGACUGGAAAUUGAGGAAGCUAUCAAACACAUGGGCCCUUUGAAGUCACCUAGUCCAGAUGCAUUAAUCCACAAAACAAAAAGCCCUUUAUUUGUUAUUGAGUACAUGCCAAUUAGCCUUUGUAAUGCCAUUUACAAAAUUAUUUCAAAAGUACUUGUAAAUAGGCUGAAAGGAGUUCUCCCAGAAAUUAUCUCACCAAACCAGAAUGCCUUCAUUCUUGGGAGGAUUAUUAUUGACAAUAUAAUGGUUGCAUAUGAGAUUCUACACACUAUGAAGGUGAGGAAGAAAGGAAAGAAGGGAAGCAUGGCCAUCAAACUUGAUAUGUCAAAGGCCUAUGACAGAAUUGAGUGGACAUUUUUGGAAGCUAUCAUGAAGAAGCUGGGUUUUUGA